CGGCUGACUACACCGCAACCUGAUGAGUUAAAGGAGAAGUCUCUAGGAAAAAUGAUGAAGUGCAAGCAUUGAAUUACAACAAUUUGCAAAGUUGCACCGCAAAGCGGCGAUUGAUAUCGGCUUGAGAUGGGAAUUAGGAAGUGGGAAGACAGUAGAAGGAAGAAGCAGAGAUAGUCGAGGGAGAGCAGAGCCAUAUGAAAAGUCCCAUGAAUGUUCCACUUCCAGAGUGUCGGUAGUUGAUAGAAGAAGCACCUGAAAAAUGAUGCAGCACUUGAAGAAGCAAAGAAAGACCUUCCUUUCAUUUACUUUUCUCUCCCAAUGCUUCUCUUUCUCUUCGUCCACCAAGCACCUAAAACCCCACCAGAAUCCACUUUCCUCUCUCACAAACAUCUCUCCCCAUCCCAGUAGUAACACCAAUGCCAUCACUUUCUCACCUUCAAAGACCCAUCUCUAUGCCUCGUUCUUUUGCACCCUCAUCCAUCUCUACUUGGCCUGUGGAAGAUUUUCCAAAGCCUCGGAGACCUUCUUCUCUAUGCGAAACCACGGUAUUAUUCCAAUUUUGCACUUGUGGAAUCGGCUUCUGUACGAAUUCAAUGCCUCUGGCUUGGUUCUUCAGGUAUGGAUUCUUUACAAUGAUAUGCUCGCUUGUGGGGUUCUGCCUAAUGUUUUCACUUCCAACAUAUUGGUUCAUUCUUUAUGCAAAGUGGGUGAGUUGGGUUUGGCAUUGGAUUUGCUUAGGAGUGCAGAAAUUGAUACUGUUACCUAUAAUACCGUCAUUUGGGGGUUGUGUAAACAAGGAUUGGCGUAUCGGGCAUUUGGGUUUUUAUCUGAAAUGGUAAAGAAGGGUGUGUGUAUAGAUUCUUUUACUUGCAAUAUACUGGUUAAUGGGUUUUGCCAAAUUGGGCUGGUAAAGUAUGCAAAGUGGGUCAUGGAUGAUUUGGUUAAUGGGGGGAUUCAUCCGGAUGUUGUCGGUUUCAAUGCGUUGAUUAAUGUGAAUUGCAAAGCUGGGGAAGCUAACCAUGCGCUCAAAUUGAUGGAGAGUAUGAGAAAGGAGGGUUUUUCGCCUGAUAUUGUUACUUAUAAUACUUUGAUAGAUGGGUUUUGCAAGACGGGUGAUUUUGUUAAGGCCAAGAGUCUUAUUGAUGAGUUUUCGGGGUUUCGGAGUAACGAAGAUUGUGUAGUUUUGAAAAUUGAUGAUGUUGAGGAGAGGGCAGAACGUGUGGAUUUGAAACCAAAUCUUAUUACUCACACCACCCUCAUUAGCGCAUAUUGUAAGCAGCAAGGGCUUGAGGAAGCACUUUCUUUGUAUGAGGAAAUGGUUAUGAAUGGGUUCUUCCCUGAUGCAGUCACUUAUAGUUCCAUUAUGUAUGGUCUUUGCAAGCAUGGAAGAUUAGCUGAAGCAAAAGUGCUUAUGAAUGAGAUGGAGGAGAUGGACGUGGAUCCUAAUCAUGUCUCAUAUACCAUCAUGGUCGAUUCCUUGUUUAAGGCAGGAAGAACUGUUGAGGCUUUUGUCAUUCAGAGCCAAAUGAUAGUUCGUGGCAUUGCUUUUGAUGUGGUCACGCUUACUGCUUUUAUGGAUGGACUUUUUAAGGUUGGGAAAGCCAAUGAGGCCGUGGACAUGUUCCAAACAUUUUCCAAACUUGAUCUAGUUCCAAACUAUAUUACCUAUUCUGGAUUAAUCGACGGGCUUUGCAAGUUAGGAGACAUGGAUACUGCAGAGUCUGUGCUGCAAGAAAUGGAGGAGAAGCAUGUUUUUCCAAAUGUCAUUACUUAUUCCUCUAUCAUAAAUGGCUAUACGAAGAAAGGAAUGCUUGGUGAAGCUGUUAAUGUAUUGAGGAAAAUGGUGCAACAAAAUAUCUUGCCAAACGCUUUUGUUUAUGCAACACUAAUUGAUGGCCAUUUGAAGGCAGGUAAGCAAGCAACUGCUCUUGAUUUAUAUAAUGAAAUGAAAAUGGGAGGAUUAGAGGAUAACAAUUUUGUACUUGAUGCCUUCGUGAACAACCUGAAAAGAGGACGAAGCAUGGAGGAGGCUGAGGGACUAGUAAAAGAUAUGACAUCAAGGGACAUGUUGCCUGACCAUGUCAAUUAUACGUCCUUAAUGGAUGGUUUCUUUAAGGUUGGAAAGGAGUCGGCUGCUCUUAACAUGGCUCAAGAAAUGACAGAGAGAAAUAUAAGGUUUGAUGUUGUUGCAUAUAAUGUUCUGAUCAAUGGUCUAUUGAGGCUUGGAAAAUAUGAACCACAAUCUGUUUAUGCUGGAAUGAGAGAGUUAGGUUUGUCUCCAGACCAUGCUACAUACAACACCAUGAUUAAUGCCUACUGCAAACAGGGUAACUUGGAAAAUGCUUUGAAACUCUUGAAUGACAUGAAGAGUCAAGGCUUAAUGCUGAAUUCAAUCACCUGUAACAUUCUGAUUGCUGGGCUUUGUGAACAUGGUGAUAUUAAAAGAGCAAUGGAUGUUUUGAAUGAAAUGUUGAUUCUGGGGCUUCAACCUACUUUAACUACUCAUAGAGUUUUGCUUGAUGCAUCUUCUAGGAGUAAAAGGGCAGAUGCAAUUUUAGAAAUGCAUGAGCAACUCAUAGGUAUGGGGCUUAAACUUGAUCGGGCAGUUUAUAACACUCUCAUCACUACCUUAUGCAGGCUAGGGAUGACAAGGAAAGCCACUUCAGUACUGAAAGAAAUGACAGAAAGAGGAUUUUUAGCGGAUACUAUCACCUACAAUGCCCUUAUUCGCGGAUAUUGUUUAGGCAGCCAUGUAAAAAGAGCGUUUGCUGUGUAUUCUAGGAUGUUGGUUGAAGGAAUUUCUCCAAAUAUUUCUACUUACAAUCUCCUACUAGGGGGUCUUGCAGCUGCUUGUUUGAUGAGAGAGGCAGAGGAAUUAUUUGGUGAAAUGAAGGAGAGAGGAUUUGUCCCUAAUGCUUCUACUUAUGAUACUUUGAUUUCUGGACAUUGUAAGCUUGGAAAUAAGAAGGAAUCAAUAAAAUUUUACUGUGAAAUGGUAACUAAAGGCUUUGUUCCCAAAACUGGCACCUACAAUGUGCUUAUUAGUGAUUUUGCUAAGGUGGGAAAGAUGAGCCAAGCUAGAGAGCUUCUAAAUGAGAUGCAGGUGAGAGGGGUGUCCCCUAAUUCUUCAACUUACAACACACUAAUCUGUGGCUGGUGCAAUCUAUCUAAUCGACCAGAGUUGGAUGGGACAUUGAAAGUGUCAUAUCGAGCUGAGGCAAAAAGAUUAUUCACAGAGAUGCAUGAGAAAGGGUUUGUUCCUUGUGAAAGUACACUUUUUCGUAUCAGUUCUACGUUUGCUAGACCAGGAAAGAAGAACGAUGCUCAGAAGAUGUUGAAGGAACUGUACAAGAAAAAGAACAUAUGAUAGAUGGGUUAAAAACAGAAGACAGUAAUGACUAUUCUGGAUAGCCAGCCACUCUAGCGCUUAUGGAAGUAUGUGUUACUGCAACAUUCCAAUUCUUCAAUAGGACACCUGGUCCUGAAAUACUUCACAAAUGAAGUCCAUCAUCCCUUUGUGGCAAUCUAUAAAGUUCAUGGCAUUUCUAUUUCUGGAGUGUUGGGAAAUCAAGGGAAGGAAAAAAAAAUGUUGAACUACUAGUCAAUGCUUCAAAGCAGGAAGAGAAGUUGAUUUACCCUCCUAGGAAAGGGAAAUAUUCAUCAAGUAGAACAAAAUUGUCAAAUCAGAGGUAACGACUUCUUAUACUGUAUUUCAUGGCCACGAGGAAAAAUGAACAUGAAAAUAAAAGAAACAGAAAAUAAGGAACUCCCCUCAUUCAUGCUCUCUAUCUGGGCCAUCCAGUCUCUUGCUAUCUUGGAGUGGAAAGCAGGCAUUUAAAGCCUUUGGAGGGGAGUCUUAUUCAUGUUGACACACAGGAUGCUAUUUUCUACGCCUGUCUUUGUUACUACAAGCUCCACGAAGUUCUAUCAACACAAAAUCAUCAUGCCAGAAACAUAUGGUUUUGAAAAGUUUGGUGACCUGAAAAAUCAUGCCUUGUUUGUUCAAGAAGAGAUACAGGUUCUAUUUGUUCUUUCACGCAUUCCAACUUCUGCUAAUAGGUCAAUAGCCACGUAGAGCUCAUUUCUUUUGAAUGGCAUUGGUUCCGAUUUAAGUUCAUCUGGGCAAAAGAGAGAGAAUGCUGAGACAUUUCUAGUCAAAUUUAAAGGACAUGUGGAGCUCCCUCUCUCCAGGACAUUUGAAGACUUAAUUUCAGAAGAUGAAAGGGAGACUUGGUACAAAAUCCUUCCACAGCGCGACCAGAAGAACUUGAUUUGGGCAGUUUUCUUUCAGAUGUAACCAUAUUGUAUUGAUACGAGAAAAAUAGACUUGUUUUGUAAAACUUUGUCGUUUCAAAAUAAAGAAUACAAGUUUUCUUCUAA